GUUUCUAAAAACCCCAUUCCACCACAUUGCUUCAACCGCUCUCUCCUCCGCUCCUUCUCCUACGUCCUCUUCGACCUAACCCGGGACGAAGUGUUCGUUCAAAAACCUAAGUCUAAGAUGCCAUGGUACCCACCAGGCAGGCUCUUGGUUAUUCUUGUCACUCUAACAGUCGGCUGGCCCUUGUAUUUGGCUUUCAACAUUUCGGGCCAGGAAUACGACCGGUUUACAUGCCACUACGAUCUCAACGGCCCUAUAAUUUCCAACCGGGAGAGGCUUCAAGUACCCAUUUCUGACCUCGGGAUCAUGUCUGCUAUUUAUGUGCUCUAUAAAAUUGUCAUGGCCAAAGGGUUUGUUUGGCUUGUUUGUGUUUAUGGGGUGCCAAUGAUUGUGGUUAAUGUGUGUGUUGUGCUAAUCACAUACUUGCAGCACACACAUCCUUCGCUGCCGCACUACGGCGAGUGGGAACGGGAUUGGCCGAGAGGGGCUUUGGUGACUGCGGACAGAGACUAUGGGGUGCUUAACAAGGUGUUCCAUAAUAGUACAAAUACACAUGUUGUGCACCAUCUCUUCUCUACAAUGCCGCAUAAUCAUGCAAUGGAAGCAACCAAUGUGCUCAAGCCUAUUUUGGGAGAGUAUUAUAGUUUAGAUGCAACUCCAAUUUGGAAGGCUCUGUGGAGGGAGGCUAGAGAGUGCCUUUUUGUUGAACCUGAUGAGCAUGGUGCUCAAAACGGUGUGUUUUGGUACCGGAACAAGCUCUGAUUGGGAGCAAAAGCUUUAAAUAGUGUUGUUUUAAAUGUAAUGUAUGUUGUUUUAAAUAGUGUCCAUAAAUAAGAUACAAAUUGGAAGGGUGCCGUAUGUCCUAUUUGUAUCGAAUAAAUAAAUAAAUAAAUAAACUAGUUAUUUACUAAUUGUGGGUGGUGAUUUUAGGGUUGAAAAUAGAAAAAGGAAAAGAAAAGCAGAUAAUUUACGAGAUA